AAAGAAAGUUGAAGACUUUUUCAGUUCACACCUUCAAUCAAACAAGACCCAUCAUUCCCCCCACACAUUUAUUUUUUAAUAAAUCAAUUAAAAUCUUUUUUCCUUUCCAUUUGUAUCCUCUUCAUGGAUCCCAAGAGCUCAAAACAACAAUCACAAGAACCAAACAACAACAUGGGAGAGAACAAACCCUCUGAUUCAAAAGACUUCCAAAUAGUAUUAUCUGAAACAACAACAAAAGAUGAAACAACAAAAAAACAACAACAACUAGCACCAAAAAGAACAUCAAACAAAGACAGACACACAAAAGUUGAAGGAAGAGGAAGAAGAAUAAGGAUGCCAGCUUUAUGUGCAGCUAGAAUCUUCCAACUAACAAGAGAAUUAGGUCACAAAUCAGAUGGUGAAACAAUCCAAUGGCUUCUUCAACAAUCUGAACCAUCCAUCAUAGCAGCCACAGGAACAGGAACAAUACCAGCUUCAGCUUUAUCUUCUUCUUCUGUUACAACACAACAACAAGGUAGUUCUUCUUGUUCUUUGUCUUCUGGUUUGCAAUUACAUCAAAAAAUUGAUGAAUUAGUUGGAAACAGAAUAACCAGUUCAAAUAGUUGGGGUACUAUGGUUGGUGGAAACUUAGGAAGAACAAAUAUGUGGACCCCACAUCAUCAUGUUAGUGGAUUUGGAUUUCAAUCAUCAUCUGCUCAUUCUACUACUACUAAUGAUCAUGGUUCAAAUUAUCUUUCAAAAAUUGGGUUUUCUGGAUUUGAUCAUCAAAAUAUUAAUAGUAAUAAUAAUAAUAAUAAUGGAAAUAUGGUUGGUGGAAUGAGUUUUACAUCAAUUUUGGGUGGAAAUCAUCAGCAGAUUCCUGGAUUGGAAUUAGGGUUGUCACAAGAUGGACAGCAUAUUGGGGUUUUGAAUCAACAAGCUUUGAGUCAGAUUUAUCAGCAGAUUGGUCAAACUAGGGUUCAUCAUCAACAGCAGCAGAAUCAGAAUCAGAAUUCUAGUAAGGAUGAUUCUCAAGGUUCAGGGCAGUGAGAGAGGUUUUUUUUGUUGUUGUGAAUUUGGGUGGAAAAAAAAUAGAUUGUGUGCAAAGGAUGAGGUUUAUAAGAAAAAAAAUGGGUUUUUUGUUGUUGUAUAUUUUGGAGAAAUUCAAUAGAAAAAAAAGGAUUUGGGUUUGUUUUGCCUUCCUUAUUGUUCCUUCUCCACAGGACUCAAGUCUACAGAUACAGGUGGAAUUGCAUGGCCAUAUAGCUUUGUUGCUUUGGUUUGGCCCUUAAAACUAUAUUGUUUUAAUUCAGAGGUGUGUUGAUUAUUUUUUGUUCUUCUUUCUAUAGAUCAGGAUGAUGGAGUGGUGAUCAGUUUGUUUGUGAAAAAUGAUGAUAUAGUACUUUUUCAUAAUCAUAUUUGUGAAAAUUCUUAUUAUAUGGUGUUGUUAGUACUUUAUCAUCUCAGAAAUUUUAAUUUGUGUGUGGAAAGACACUUGCAAAA